AUGGCGGCGGCGGCCUACCCUCUAUGGGUAAUGUUGGAGCACUCCUGCGCGCGGGAGGUCCAGGGCUGCUCCUCCUCCAUUGCCGACACGAACACACUGGUGAGCUGCCGCACCACCAGCGCCCAUCCCAUCAACGUCUCGCUCUGCCUGGCGGCGCCCCCGGAGGGGUCGCGCGUAUGCGUCCAGCUUCCUGCCGGCGUCGAGGUGGACUACGACGUGGUCCUCGCGGCACACGGCGACUCCGUGGUCGUCCAGCGCGCGGGCGACGCUACCGCCGAACCCCCGCGGCCGCCGUCGCUGUCGCUGCUCCCGCCUCACUGCAUCACCUAUGAAGAAGACAAGCAUCGUUGUCCCCAGUGGCACUACCUGAGGCGUAGUCCCGAUCCCGAGUGUAACUGCCUGGAUAGUGAUAGCACCGGCCUCCUGCGCCAUGGCGACGGCGAUUUCUUGGUGGCGGAGCUCAAGAUGGACUAUGUGAUGGAGGGGGAGGAUCCGGGCAAAAGGCACAAGGAGGCCGCGCUCCACCUGCUCCGUUCCGGCUCUGGCGAGUGCACGAUAAAGUUUGUUAACGUCUUUCCCCGCUGCUGCUGCGGUGGCGCGGGCAAAUCCUACUGCCGUGCUUCUCACCAUGCCUACGCCGUCCACACGUGGACGCUGAGGAUGGACGACGGCAUGGCCUGGGCAAUGGAUGGCACUCUCGACGCCGCACAGCUCUGGGCCCUUGAUGGUUACAAGGGCCUCCCACGUGUCGAGCUGGACUACCCCGUCGUGAGCAUGGACGAACCCGAUGCCAUCUGCUUCGUGGUGUGCGAGGAUCAUCAUGAAAAACAUGGUGACGAGACGACGUGGCGGAUCAUGGUCGAUAUGAAGAGCAAGACGCUUGGAUCGGUCUUUCGCUACCCUGACCCCAAGGAACGGAGGUGCAAUAGUUGGGAACAUCUCGUUCCCAGCAGGGUCUCCAAAUACUUCAACUCUAAACCAAGCAGCGGCCAGCCACCAGGUCCAGCUGCACAAGCAGAAGCUAUGCAAAACUUGAUGAGCUCAAGGAUUAACAAUAAGCUGCAAGCAAUGGACACCAUGCAGGCAGCUUCACUGGAGGCGGCGACCUUGGCCGCGCUUCAAGAGAUACCUGGCUUGGAUCGUGAUGAUAUGCUGAAGGCCUAUCGCAUUCUUACCCACGACGAUAGUGGCCGCCGGUUCAGAUCCCUUACGGGGCUGCCAAUGGAUUUGAGGAAGGAUUGUGUGCUGAUGGAGAUCAAGGCCAGUGAAGCUUGUGUUCUGUGCUCUGCAUGCUCCGUGGACUUGCAACUAAACGAAUGA